CCCAAAGUGAUCCAGUCGGUGAUUGAUUGGCGCAGAUGCGUGCGCUGUGUUCCUGCGCGAGGACAGGACGCCGUCGCUGCAGGCAUGCCACUGGCACGCAGUAUCUCCGUGACCUCGCUGUCAGGUCUGGAGGACUGGGACGAGGAGUUUGACUUGGAGGAUGCCGUUCUGUUUGAAAUCGCAUGGGAGGUGGCUAAUAAAGUUGGAGGCAUCUACACAGUGAUCCAGACGAAAGCACGUUUGACCUGUGAGGAAUGGGGGGAAAACUACUUCUUAGUGGGGCCCUAUAUGGAGUCCAAUGUCAGGACCCAGGUUGAAUUGAUCGAGCCCCCGAACGCGGCACUGAGGAGGACCAUCGACAAGAUGAAUAGUAGCGGAUGCAAGGUGUAUUUUGGGCGUUGGCUGAUUGAGGGCUCUCCGUAUGUCAUCCUGCUGGAUGUUGGUUUCACCGCCUGGUCUCUGGAUCGCUGGAAGAGUGAACUAUGGGAAAACUGUGCCAUCGGCGUGCCCUGGUUCGACCGCGAGGCCAACGACGCCGUCUUGUUCGGCUUCCUCACCGCCUGGCUGCUCGGAGAGUAUGCAGCGCAGUGUGAAGAACCCCCACACAUCCUGGCACACUUUCACGAGUGGCUGGCUGGACUGGGGCUGGUCUUGUGCCGACAGAGGCACUUGCCCGUAGCGACCAUUUUCACCACUCACGCCACGCUUCUCGGCAGAUACCUGUGUGCCGGCAACGUUGACUUCUACAACAACCUGGCAGAGUUCAAUGUUGAUAAGGAGGCAGGCGAUAGACAGAUCUAUCACCGCUACUGUAUCGAGCGGGCCGCUGCACGCUGCGCUCACGUUUUCACCACUGUGUCCAAGAUCACAGCCAUCGAGGCCGAGCACCUGCUCAAGAGGAAACCAGAUAUCGUGACUCCUAACGGUUUGAAUGUGAAAAAGUUCUCCGCAAUGCACGAGUUUCAGAACCUCCACGCCCAGAGCAAGGCGCGCAUUCAAGAGUUCAUCAGAGGGCAUUUCUACGGGCAUUUAGAUUUCAACCUGGAUAAAACCGUGUUUCUGUUCAUUGCUGGACGCUACGAGUUCUCAAAUAAAGGAGCUGACGUUUUCCUCGAAGCCCUGGCCAGACUCAACUAUUUACUGAGGGUGAACCACAGCCAGGUUACGGUGAUAGCGUUCUUCAUCAUGCCCGCCCGCACCAACAACUUCAACGUGGAGACGCUGAAGGGUCAAGCCGUACGGAAACAGCUCUGGGAUACGGCACAGACUGUAAAAGAGCGCUUCGGGAAGAAACUCUACGAAUCGCUGCUCGUCGGGCAGCUCCCAGAGGUAUCGAAGAUGUUAGACAAGGAGGAUUUCACCAUGAUGAAGAGAGCCAUCUUUGCUACCCAGCGCCAGUGUCUUCCUCCGGUCUGCACCCACAACAUGCUGGAGGACAGCUCCGACCCCAUCCUCUCAGCCAUCCGCCGCAUCGGGCUCUUCAACAGCUCUCAGGAUCGCGUCAAGGUCAUCUUCCAUCCAGAGUUUCUGUCCUCCACUUCCCCACUGCUGCCCAUGGACUAUGAGGAAUUCGUUCGAGGCUGUCAUCUUGGAGUUUUUCCUUCGUACUAUGAACCCUGGGGAUACACACCAGCCGAGUGCACCGUGAUGGGGAUUCCCUCCAUCUCCACUAAUCUCUCUGGGUUUGGCUGUUUUAUGGAGGAGCACAUAGCUGACCCGACUUCUUACGGGAUUUAUAUCCUGGACCGGCGGUUUCGCAGCGUGGACGAGUCGUGUAACCAGCUGACCUCCUUCCUGUUCCAGUUCUGCCAGCAGAGCCGCAGACAGCGCAUCAUCCAGAGGAACCGCACGGAACGCCUCAGCGACCUGCUGGACUGGAGAUAUCUGGGCCGGUAUUAUGUAGCUGCUCGUCACAUGGCUUUAGCCAAAGCCUUCCCUGAGUUUUACAUGUAUGAGCCCCAUGAUCCAACCUCGACCACGGGCUUCCGGUACCCCCGUCCAGCCUCAGUGCCGCCCUCGCCUGCACACUCGCUCCAUUCGUCCCCACACCACAGCGAGGCUGAGGACGAGGACGAGACAUACGACGAAGAUCUGGAGGCUGAGAAAGACCGCCAGAACAUCCGGCAACCUUUCGCUCUGCCGAACAAGAAUAAAAGCCUGGUGGCCGAUGCGCCUGAGAAAAACUAACGCUCUACACAUACACACACACACAAACUCACACACACACACAUACACAUAUGUACGUGCGCACUGCUGAUCUGUCCACUGUCUGUCUGUUAUUUCUGGGCUUUGAGGUAUUUAUUUCUGGAACCCAUCAGGAGUUACUGUGUUUUAGAGGUAUUAAAAUUAGGUCAUUUAAUGUCUUCCAUAUUUGGUUGAACUCACAAGAUAUGUUUAGAAUAUUAUUUUUUUCCAGAUUAUGAAAGAUAAUACAAAGUUAAAUAGAAACCGGUUGCUGUGUAAGAAACAUCUGUCUCGUCUGUACUCUAGUACUACUUGUGAAAAACCGAUUUAAUCUGAGAAUUCUCUUUUUACUAAAAAUCAUGGGCAAUAUAUUUUACCACAAACCAGCUUCUGAAGAAUACAACAAUCUGCAGUAUCACUUCAUCUGCCUGAUUUCUUUCUUUUUUUUUUAUUAUCAUUUUUUUUGUUGCUUUCUUUCACUCUGGUGCUGUCCUCAAGCCUUGUCCCAGUUUUUUGGUAGCCAAGGCACAGCGGAGGUAGAAACCUGCCCUCCGUUUUUACGACGAUAGUCUCAUCCAUCAGAUGCUAUCGACCUCGGAUGAUCCAAGCGUUGCCUUGGUGUGGGAACGAAUCUGUAUUUCUCAGACGUUCUCUCCAGGAAACAAAGUGAAUGUAAUCGAAACUUGACCUGUAGCUUCAAUACUGUAAUGUACACGAACACAGCAUUUUGAACUUUUGUUGUCGGCUGUAGAAAAGAAAUUAAAGUAUAUAAUGAUAUAUAAAUCUA